GAACGCAGCUCUCUUCUUCUAUGACCGUGCUCGACCUGUCUUACCUGCUAAGCGUAGCGACAAGUACAAGUACUGCCGAGUCUGCCAUGUGACUGAUCUGGGGAAGGGACACUCCAAAACACAUAGCUGUAUUGGUAUGGGUGCAAAGGACCUGGAUAUCAAUACAGAACGUAAGCGGCGGCGGUGUAAGUCCUGUGAGUCACAGUUUUGUUUGGAUGGUAUUGGGGUUUGGAACGUGCCUGCCAAUACUUGGUUCACGUGUUCAGAUUGUAAUGGACGGUUCUUUAGCCAGCAGUGUUAUAACCUCCACAUAAGCGAAAAGACGUGUAGAAAGUAUGUGUGGUGCUGGCAAGGUGAGAGAUGUAUCAUGUACAAGAAGGCGUUGGGAGGGUCGCGUAUGCAUCGUAAACGAUACUUUAACCGUAAAAAGAGUGGCGACAAUGAGAAUGAGAAUGAGAGUGGUGAUGAUGAGGAUGUAGUUGUGGACUUGGGACGAUAA